AUGGUUGAGGUCUACCGACUGGUCCAGCGUUUCGACCAGCGUCCUGAAGGGUUGAAGUUUCUACCGCCGCCGGAUCAAGGAAAGCUGGAAGAAGCAGAAUCAUCGGCGGCGAACAAGUUCACCCUCGACUGCGAUGUCGAAUUAAGAGGACUCGUCAAAAAAGUCGUCCAGUUUUUCAACGAAUUCGCGGACCGAAAUAUUCAAUCGAAAAAGAAGCAAAAUGUGAAAGAGCGGCGCCGUAACAAAACUCGUCUCAAGCAGAAACUCGUCAAAAACGCGGAGAAAAAGAGUUCUAGCGCCAAAGAAGAGGCAGCUCUGGUUCCGGCAAUCCGAGAAGAAGUCAAGCCAAAGCCAGUUUAUACUUCGCCCGAGCAAUACUUGCGCGAUUCUAUCCGUCUUCGAAUCCCCGAGCAUCAACUGUUGCGGCACGUGACGCACCAAUCAGAGUGGUACUUUCGACAGCGAAACGAGCUCCGCGCCCAGAUUCCUGGCGAAGCAAUUUACGCGAAACGCGAUUUCUUCCAACAACUUCCUGAUCAUCUUGUCGUGAACAUCUUCAAAGAGCUGCCCCGGUCCGACUUGGCGAAUCUGAAACUGGUGUGCCGCGAUUUCGACUGGCUAAUUCACGCGUACGAUGUGUUACCCUUCGACUCCGGUUGGCGCCCCGGAAGAAAAUACCGCGAAGAUCGCUGCGAAAAAUGCAAACGCGUACGGCAACGCGGCGAUACUUCCAUCUGCCGAUUUCACUCAAAGAUGUUUUACGGAGACCCAUGCUCAGGACCACAGAAUUUCUAUCUCUGCUGCCACAAAACUGACAAGAACGCGCCAGGCUGCGUAAGACACGAGAAGCACGACAACUGGUACCUCAAUAAUCGAAACGAUCCCUGA